UGGAGCAGAACGCUACAGCUAUGCCUAACGUUUAUGAAACAUGGUGUAGCGACAAUCCUGUCUGUAAAAAUUACACAGAGGUCAACUGCCAUGAAGACUGGCUGAAAGUUAACUGCCCAAAGAAGUGCAAAAUAUGCGGCAACGGGACUGCUUCUACCACUACAACACCGCAACAGGUCAGCAAAGAAGCGACCAAAAAGGUGACAGAAAAACCAUACACCGAGCUCUCUGUCACAGUACCAUCAGAGGUGACUAAAUCAUUGGAGACGUCACGAAAGCCUGUACUGGUGAACAUUAAAGGUGAAAAUGGAAAGCCGGUGCUGGCAGACGAAGAAGCAAACAAGGCGCCAAUGGUAGAGACGAUUGUUGUUAAGCUUCCUGCGAACAUAAAAGCUGAAGAUGAAAACGCAGCCCAGAUCAAGAUUAACGGCCCAGCGAAAGGUCAUAUUAACGCGACUAUGAGUCAUGGAACAACCAUCCUUGAAAUACCAGAAGCUCCAUGGUGUAAUGACAAGAGUGAAUGUUCACGAUACUCUAGACACCAGUGUAAUGAUGAUUGGGUUCAACUGAAUUGUCCGCGAAAAUGCCAAUUCUGCAGACCUGUUUGUAAAGAUAAUCCUGAAUGCAGUCGAUACUCGACAGAAAGCUGUGAAAAUGAAUGGAUGAAAACAAACUGUAAGAAGAAGUGCGGAUUCUGUGAAGGAGUAGCAUCCCUUGGAAAAGAUGAAACUGAAGGACCUUGUGCUGCAAAGGAUCAUGAAGAUUGCAAUACCUACCCAAUGUACGCAUGUCACAAUGAAUGGUUGAUAAGGAACUGCAAAAGAAAGUGUGGCUUAUGUCAAGCGCCAACCCAGGCCCCAAUUAGUUUGGCUGCACCUACAGUCCCACCCUCCCAUGGUAGGAAAUUUCAUUGUGUUGUUGUUUUUUACUUUUAUUUGCAUUUGCUUUGUUUACAGUUACUGUUGAUUUACAGUUCCGUUGAUGAACUGAAGGAGUAG